AUGCCUCCCCGAGUCCUCUCCCACGAUGCCUACACGAUCGCCUGGAUCUGCGCACUCCCACUAGAGAUGGCCGCAGCGAAACUGAUGCUCGAGGAGGUUCACGGUAAUCUCCACCAGCCAUCGACCGACCACAACUGCUACACCCUUGGGAGCAUCCACGGCCACAACAUCGUUAUCGCGUGUUUACCUUCCGGCAUGUAUGGGACAAUAUCAGCUACAACGGUUCUAGCGCAAAUGUUACCCACGUUCCGAUCGUUGAAAUUUGGCCUCAUGGUGGGCAUCGGGGGAGGCGUGGCGACCAAGGCAGAUGUACGUCUUGGGGAUGUGGUAGUUGGGAUACCAAGUGCCACGUCAGGAGGGGUGAUACAGUAUGACCAGGGGAAGACACUGCAUUCUGGACGGUUUGAGCGAGUCUGUGCAUUGAAUAAGCCACCUCAGGUGUUGUUGACUGCUGUUUCUCAGUUGCGAAGCAACGAUAUGGUCGGGAGGCGGUCCACACUGACGCAGGCAAUAUCCAAGGAUCUAAGCCAAGGGCAGUUCUCACGCCCUGAUCGCGAUCUAUUGUUCAACCCGGAUUAUAUUCAUCAUAACACCGACAUUGACUGCUCGACGUGUGAUCAAGACGAGCUGGUACACCGUGAGCCUCGGCAGGAUGACGAACCACGCGUUCACUAUGGGUUGAUAGCCUCUGGCAACCAGGUCCUGAAAGAUGCUAAAACGCGGGAUUCCAUUGCACACGACCUCGAUAUCCUUUGCUUUGAAAUGGAAGCUGCAGGGCUGGUGGACCAACUUCAAUGCUUGGUGGUCCGAGGAGUAUGUGACUACUGUGACUCGCACAAGUCCAAAGAAUGGCAGGGAUUUGCAGCCUUAGCAGCAGCCGCAUAUACAAAGAUUCUUUUACAAAUCGUGCCAGUACACCGCGACAAGUGUCAGGGACAAAAGCGGCAUUGGAUGGUGCCGUUUUCCAGGAACAAGGCAUUUGUUGGUCGUGAGAAUUACAUCGCCACCUUGGGGGAAUCUGUCUCAACACCAGGUGAGACGCAGAAAACUGCUAUAUGUGGACUUGGAGGGAUCGGCAAGACUCAGAUCGCGCUGGAGCUCGCCUACAGAGCAUAUAUGGAUAUCGCCCAACUAGCCGGACUGGCUCUUCGUGAUGCAGCAGCGGCGAAGGAGCAGGUAAAGGCCUACCUCAGCCACGAAAGGUCUGGAAAGUGGCUGCUGAUAUAUGACAAUGCCGAUGACAUGGAAAUGUGGACGAAGGGGAGUGAAACUGGCCCAGCGCUGAAAGGUAUACUGCCACAAAAUGAAGCCGGUCACAUCCUAUUCACCACUCGCAACCGGAAGCUGGCUGUCAAGUUAGCCUUGUCAAAUGUGGUUCAGAUUCCUGACAUGGAUGAAGACACGGCGCUGCAAAUGCUCCACCAGCUUUGUAUCCGGAAGGAGCUACUGAUGGACACAGAGGGAACUGCUACCCUUCUAAAACAGCUCUGCUUUUUUCCUCUUGCUAUCAGCCAAGCCGCCGCAUACAUUAAUGAGCAUAAUAUUACUAGACUGGGAGAUUACGUGUCUCUUAUCACCGCACAGGAAGGGGAUAUGGCCAAGCUUCUGAGCGAAGACUUUGAGGAUGAUGGUCGCUACCCGGACACGAAGAACCCAGUAACAACCACAUGGCUGGUUUCCUUCCAUCACAUCCGAGCAUUGGACCCGUUCGCAGUGGACUAUCUUUCAUUCAUGGCCUGUCUUAGCCCUCGCAAUAUCCCGCAGUCCCUCCUUCCCCCGGCACCAUCCGAUAAAGAAAGGAUCGAGGCACUGGGCCUGCUCAAGGGUUAUUCUUUCGUUUCCGAAGAGCCUGCAAGCGGGAACUUGACACUGCACCGACUUGUUUAUCUUGCAACAAGGGCAUGGAUGAGAACGGACGGAAGUUUUGCGACAGGGAUAAUAAAGACCGUGGACCGUAUGGAUAAGAUACUUUCAGGUGUGACCUACCAAGAAAGACAUUUGUGGCGGCCAUAUCUUCCGCAUAUUCUUGCUACGAUGGAAAAUAACGAGUUCCGCGCUGUGCGAAAUCGAUACGGUGAUUUAUUAAACAUCGUGGGGAAGUUGCUGUCAUCCGAUGGAAGAACCAGAGAAGCAAAAGCAUUGUACGUUCAAACUUUGGAAGAUAUACAGAACCGGCUGGGGGAAUAUCACGAACAGACGCUGCAUAGUAUGUAUAACGUCGGCGUAGCCCUCUCGGAUAUGGGCGAGUAUACUGAAGCGAAGGAAGUGAUGGAGCAAGUACUCGAGGGCCAAAAUAUGGUUCUCGGGCCUCAACACCCAGACACCCUGAGGAGCCUAGUGGCAUAUGGUUUGGUCCGCCUUGACCAAGGGUACUAUGCACAGGCACAGUCAAUCGAGGGUCAAGCCCUGGAGGGUCUUGAAAAGGCACUUGGCCCCGAACACCUACUUACUCUGAAGUCUGUGGAAGCUCUUGGUUCUAUCCUCCGCCAUCAAGGGAACUACGAGGAGGCAGAAGCCAAGUCCCGGCGAGCGAUGGAUGGCUAUACGGAGAAGUUCGGGCCCUGGGAGGAGCGCACCUUGAACUCACAUAACGAAUGCGGCUUGGCACUCAUAGGCCUGGGUAAAUAUGACGAGGCGGAGCAGAUAUUUAGCGCAGCGCUACAGCGCUCCGAAGAGAUGUUAGGCCCUGAACAUCCACUCACUUUGAACAGCAUGAGUAAUUUGGGCAUUGUUUAUCUCGAGCAAGAAAGGCUCGAGGACGCGGAAAGCGUCCGCAUACGGGCCUUGGAUCUUGCAAAGCGACUCUUCGGUGAAGAACACCCAGGUACCCUGGCAACGAUAUGUAAUCUGGGAAUAGUCCUUGCAAGGCAGGGCAGACAUGAAGAAGCCAAAACCUUGCACCAACAAGCGAUAGGUGGAUCUAAUAAAGAGCUCGGGCAAAACAAUCCGAUUACCAUUACAUUCUUAGGGAGCUUAGCCACGGCGUACUGGGAACAGGGAGACUUCGCAGAGGCAGAAGAGCUGGACGUUAAGGUAUGGGAGAGCAAUAAGCAGCAGCUAGGGAUAGACCAUCCCCACACGUUGACAAGUAUGCAAAAUCUUGCACACACAUGCGAAUCUAGGGGCAACUACAGGGAUGCCAUAGACCUCACCGCGCAGUGCUUGGAGCUUCGCAUGAACCGCCUGGGGGCAGAACACCCUGAAACUGUCCAUUCAAGGUAUUUACUGGCCGAAUGGGGACAAAGAGAGAACAAUCACCUUGUUGAAGAACCUGCUGCAACGUCAGAGCGUGAUAACCAGAGUCACCGUGAGACCGAGGAAUCUGGCACCAUUUCAUUCUGA